AUGCCUAUGUCAUUUGUAAAGAAAGUCUUAGAUGGAAAUGGGCAAUUGCCGAAGAACGGAGACAUUGUUACUGUUUGGGCAGCUUGGUUCCAGAAUGAUGUGACCAAUAAGCCAAUUAAGAGAGCGGACGCUGUUGAUAAUUUUACAUUUCAGUUGAGAAAGGGUGAAUACGGUCGAGCAUACGAAGAUGCAGUACUACAGACUGCAAAAGGUGGAAGGUCUAUUUGGUUAAUUGAUGGCGACCACGCGGACUCUCUCUGGGAGGAUUGGGUGCAGGAGGGUAAGAUCGAGCCAUCGGCGGUCCCCGAACAUAAAGAUGUGACAUUGCAUCUUCCAGGAAUCUUACAAAGUCUUUAUCCACAUAGGAAAAUCAAUAGACGCUCAUAUAAGAAAGUAGAAACCCCCUCGCAGGAGAGAGCUACAUCCAGGUAUACAACUAGGUUCUGCAUCAUCAGAAAAUCAGAUACAUUACUGUCCAAUUAUCGCUUCAAUGGGAUGGAUGCUUUUCCUACUCAACCCAGGAAGCGCAGAAGCACUACUGCCAUGAGGGAAGAGCUUGAGCCUCAGAAGCGGCCAUUACAUGAAUCAGCAGCAGAAGGGACAAGCAAUCAUAAUGAAACACAGAUCUUCAGCAAAACUGAACUAUGGCCGGGUCAACCAAUUGACCGAAAUAUACCUCAUCAAGGAAGCUAUAUUAAAUUUGGGAAGAUUCUAGACUCUGCUGAACCCCAGCAACCACGGAAAGUCGAAGGUCUAGCUCAAAAAUGGGUGCAAAGGGAUGCUCGUAUGCGCAGGAGACUUUAUUGCUGCGUAUGCAAAGAGAAAAAUGCAUCAGGAAGACAUUGUAAUGUGUGUGGUCAUGAGCGUUGCCCAGAAUGUCUAAUCAGAGAUGUACUGGAACGCGAUCAAAAGCAAGUAUGA